AUGGAGAAGCGACUCCUGAACUAGAUCAAGAUUGAAUAGAUUAGAGAGCUUUUGUAAUUGUUCCCUAUGUCUUUUUUUUGGUAACUUGUUUUUCAUUUAUUGUAGACAGUCAGCGCAGAUAUACAUGGUAAAAUAAUGACAUAUCUAUUACAGUGAUCGACCAAAUGAGAGAAAUUAACUCUGUGCCUUUAAGAGGUGGGUCCACACAGAACAAGGAAGUCACAUGCCCACUUCCAAUGAAAUGAAACCUUCCCCUUUACAGGUAGAUAGUUCAGAUAGUUCCUACAGUGUGUGUGUGUGUCUGUGUGAGAGAGUAAAAUGGCCUUUAUUCCUGUGUCUCAGGAUGAGUUCAGCUGUUGUGUUUGCCUGGAUCUGCUGAAGGACCCGGUGACUGUUACCUGUGGACACAGUUUCUGUUUGAGCUGCAUUACAGGCUGCUGGGAUCAAGAAGACCAGAAGGGUGUUUACAGCUGCCCCCAGUGCAGAGAGACCUUCACCCCAAGGCCUGUUCUACGCAGAAGCACAAUGCUGACUGAAGUGAUAGAGAAGCUGAAGAAGACUGAACUGCAGUCUGAUGUUAAGGCUCCUUCCUACGCUGGACCAGGUGAUGUGGAGUGUGACUUUUGCACUGGGGGAAAACAUAAAGCCAUCAAGUCGUGUCUAACAUGCCUGGUUUCCUAUUGUGAAGUCCACAUUCAGCCUCACUAUGAAGUGCCUGGACUAACCAGGCAUCAGCUGGUGAACGCCACCUCACAGCUACAGGAGAAGAUCUGCUCUCAGCACAACAGGAUCAUUGAGGUGUUUUGUCGCACAGACCAGCAGUUAAUCUGUAUUAUGUGUUCUAUGGACAACCACAACGGGCAUAAAACUGUCUCAGCUAUAGCAGAACGGACUGAGAAACAGAAAAAGUUGUCCAAGACGAAGGUGGUGAACCAGACACAGAUCCAGCAGAGAGAGAAGGAGCUGCAAGACGUCCAUCAGGCCCUGCUAACGCUAAAGGCCUCUGCACAGGAAGCUGUUGAGGACUCUGAGAGGAUGUUCACUGAGCUGAUCAGCUUCAUGGAGCAAAAGCACUCUGAGGUGACCGAGUCGAUCAGAGCUCAGGAGAGGGCAGAGGUGAGUCGAGCUGAAGGACUCCUGGAGCAGCUGGAGCUGGAGAUCACUAAACUGAAGAGCAGAGAUGCUGAGAUGGAGAAACUGCUACAGAAAGAGGAUCCUGUUGAUUUCCUCCAGAGCUUUGAUGCCUGCUGCACUUCAUCUGUAUCAAAGAUCCGUUCCAGUGUAACUUUCACUCCACAUCUCUCCUCAACUGAUAUUAAGAGGCCGGCCCUUAAAGAGAUAGAACACAUGGUGUUGAGGUUAAAUUCAGAUCACAAAGCUACAAGCCAUGACUCCCAUCAGACUAGUGAACCCACACGUCCCCAUCAAAAAAGUGUCGUCCCAGAGAGAGGCUUCAGAGUGGGGGACAGAGUCCGAUUGAAGGCUUCUUUUGAAAUUCCAAAGAGUGGCGGGAGAAACGUCACUCACAGAAGUGUGGGUGUGAUAACAGAUACAUGUAUGCUCGGUACUUCGUUCAAUGUAGUUAAUUUCCCUGAGAGCACUUCCUGGAUAGCACUAGCCUCAGAGUUGGAGCUGGUCCUCUGAUGCCUCACAUGCCAUGAUUUAGAGGUCAUGACCUGACCUCUGGGCUUCAUGAAGGUUGUGAAGUGCAACAUGAUGCAGGUUCAUUACUGAUUUUGACACACCCAUCGUUUACAUUAGCUACCCAGGCUCUCCACUCAGUAGCUUUGUCCUGAGGAGGGAAAACAAAUUCUGGCAACAGUCAGCAAUCGUUUUUUGAUAGCAGGUUUGUUGCCAUGCAGCUAGUAAGUUGUACAGUUUUUGACCAUUUUUCAAGAAACUUUAUGAUGGAGUUUUACGACAGCAUUACAUACUGUUCCCAGUGACAUCACAUGCCGUUCCCAGUGACAUCACAUGGCACUCCCAGUCCACAUCAGCUCAUUGAUGUGUCCAGAUUACUGAUCUCCUGUUGGUUCACCUGCUGAUGUAGGUCCCCACCUGAAGCACACUGAAAGACUCAUGAGCUCACCUUUAUAUGCCCUCCAAUGGGAUCCCCUGUGCAGGUAGCCUUGGGGCUGUUGGUGUUGCUCUCAGUGCCUUUGUGUUCAACUGUGCCCCUGCUGGUUUCAGUUUGAAAGCCAUAUUUGUAGUUCAAUAAACUGCCAAUAAACAAACUUGCACUUGCAUCCAAGGAGGACUCAAUAUUGAUAUACAUUUUUUUCCCUUCUUGUCUCCUCUCUUCGGGUGCUCUCAAAUAAUAGCAUUUCUUGUCAUGUUCUGCUACUCCACAGGAUAUUUCUAAUAUGCCUACAACUUGUCUGCCCCAGCAUGAAUACACCUCACUCAU